ACAUCAACGCGUAAUCAAACGUGUUAUCCAUACAUUACCCUUAUAUCUACACAUCUUCCACCUAUAUAUACCAAAUCUUUGACUUCUCUACAGGUAAUUUCUGUUGCUUCUAUCCUAAUUCACAUACAUAGCUCUCAAGAACAUCUUUAAGUUUCGUAUUUAGCUUUUUGUAGUUGAACCUUGCGUUUAGCAGAAUGGAUGGUGGAGAUCAUCAUAACAAUGACAAAGACAAAGACAAGGGUCUGAUGUCAUCUCUUGCUGGAUAUGCUGCUGGACACUACGGACAGCAUGGACACUACCCUCCCGGGGCUUACCCUCCUCCUGGGGCAUACCCUCAUCAAGGAUAUCCUCCUCAGGGAUAUCCACCUGCUGGAUAUCCUCCACAAGGAUACCCACCUGCUGGUUACCCUCCUUCAGGUGGAUAUCCACCACACGGAUAUCCUCCAGCUGGAUAUCCGCCAGCAGGUUAUCCUGCUCCAUCAGCUUCACAUCAUACAGGACACGGAAUGGGCAUGGGUGGAAUGUUAGCCGGAGGGGCCGCUGCUGCGGCUGCUGCUUAUGGAGCUCAUCAUCUGACACAUGGCCAUAUGGGGCAUCAUGGAUAUUAUGGACAUCACGGAAAGUUCAAGCAUGGCAAAUUUAAGCAUGGGAAGUUUGGAAAGCGCUGGAAGGGUGGCCAUGGAAUGUUUGGAAAACACAAGCAUAAGUUUUUCAAGUGAUCAAUGCCUUUAAAGUAUCUCCUGUUUCUGGAACCAGCUUUGACUUCACUUCUAUUCUCAGUUCCUUUUCAUUUCUUUGCAUAUUAGUAUUGCAGGAUGAGGAUCUUAUUACUUUUGCUAUAAUAACAGCUUCUGACUGGUGUUGCCUAUGUAUAAAGUCUAUAUAACAGCUAUUGACUGGUGUGCUUCUGUGUAAAAUCUAGUACUUACGAUAACAGCUUCUGACUGGUAUUUGUGUUGACUGGUAUUUGUGUGUGUAUGUGAAUUGAGUUUAAAUUGAAAGGUUAUGUUUUACACCCCAA